CACAUAGCAUAGAUUGGCAAUUUUCGACAAAUGAAAAUAUUUAUUUUUGGGAUCGAAACAAUCCAAAAUGGAAGCAAACGUCAAUCCCUUGGCUGUCAUUCUGGUUUAUUUUGACAGCAAAGGAGACCGCCUACUUUAUAGGUAUCCGUAUCAGACGCUGGGGCAGACAAAAACGGCCAGCGAGGAUCAGCGCAAGUCCAGAAAGCGCAAUCCCUUCGCUGUGACGCAUGUGGAUGACUUGCUGCAGACUCCGUCACAGGUGGUUGCCUCCCAAACAGGACAGGGCCAGCUCCAGGGCUUUGCUGAUGAUGUGCUUUCCGCACUGUUCGCGGUUAAGCCGCAGUUGUGCAACCAAAAAUUCGAGCUCAAGCUGAACGACGUCCGUUUCGUGAGCCACCCCACCCUGAUUCCCCAUAAGGAGCAAGGCUCCAGGAGCGCAGCAGGGACUGGAACAAGUUCUACGACCUUGGCGAAUCCCUCUAAAAAACAGCAGAUGCUGAUAAAUAUUGUGUUUGCGUUGAACGCCCAGGCCAGCUAUUCAAUAGUCAAGUGCUAUCAUGAGCUGAGUAAGCGCUUAGGUUUGGCGCUGAAGUUUGAGGAACAAAGUAGUGGCUACCUCACCGAGCAGACCGCACAAAUGGCCCGCACCCACGACGAGCAGCAGCAGCAGCCACUGGAGGACACCCUGGCGUUGAUAGCUGAGCGCUGCACUUUAGCGCAAUCGCUGCGCUCAAUCUUUCACGACCUGAGCAACACGGGCUUGCUAAGCACAUCGCUAAACCACAACCUGACCCUCUGCUUUUGCCUGCCAGCCAAGGCGCACCAGCUGCACAAGAAGGGAAGCAUGGUGGACCCGGAAACCAUAGACCGAUGCCUUCGCGCCCUAAAGCCUUAUCACGGCAUGCUGUUGUUGGUAGACUUUGCCGAGUUGCUGGACUGCGUCCCGCCAACGGGUGCCCGAAUGCUGUGGCAACUGGUGGAUGCCUAUAAUCCACUGAUAAGCCUGCAGAGUAUGGCCUCUAAAGCGGAUCUAAGCAUCGAACAUGUCUACAAGUUAGUCUCGCAUCUUGUGUACUGGGCCAAGGCCACUAUAAUUUAUCCGUUGUGCGAAACUAAUGUGUAUGUCAUUGCACCAGACGCCCCUCUUCACACGAAAUCUCAUCUGGUGGAGAAGUUCUCGACCCGUUUCGCAGGCAUGUCGCUCUUCGAAGUAAUCUCGGACUUCUCGCUGCCCACCAGCAUCGGCCAUCUGACUACUCCGUUACAGCAGCCGGCGCGCCAAGGCAUCCUCGCCCAGAUGGUAAUUUGGAUGCUGCAGCACCACCUUCUCAUGCAGCUGCACACGUACGUGCAGUUUAUGCCCAGCGAGGACGAGUUUGGGGACUCGGCUUCCGCCUCCUGCAGCCAACAGCUGCGAGAUGCUCCCAGCGACGAGGAACAGGAGCAAGAUCCAGACGUAGACCAGGAUGAACUUCACGAUGGCUCCAUGCUAAGCAUGACCAGCCAGCCGUUGCCCGUGCCCGUAUCCUCUGUAUCAAUUUCGAUUGGUGGACUCCAUCGCCGCGAAGCAUCUGAGGAGCAAUCUUCGCUGGCAUCAGACAACAUUGCCGUGCAGCCAUCAUCCAGCCAUAAGUCCAACUUUAGCAUUACCGCCUCCAUGAGCACGGACAACUGCGACAGCCUUGACUCGAUGGAAGAUGAACAGAAGCUCAAGGAGCUGCUGCAGGUGUUUAGUGAGCCAGAUCGCGCUGCCAUUCGGCGUAUUCCAGCGUCCGCUAACGUCGAUGAUCUCUCGCUGCUGGUCAAGCUCUACCAGAUGGGGUACUUCAAGAGCGAACACCACUUGGAAGAGAUCAUGUACUUUGAAAAUUUACGCCGCUCCCAGCUGCUGCAGCUACUUGACAAGUUCCGCGACGUUUUGAUUAUAUACGAGACUGAAGAUCCGGCUAUCGCCUCCAUGUACAAUACUAAGUAGCUUGGCUAUAAAUCAGCAUUCCAAAGGUUUUCUUGUUUUUGUUAGCUAUCAAAUAAAAUAAUUGUAA